AUGUCUACAGUUUGCGUUUUCCUAUUUCUUGCCCUCACUUUUUCGGUGCACGCUGACCCAAAAGUGGUGUAUCUGUACGAUGUUAGUUCUAUUGAGUGGUUGACAAUUGGUGUUGAGGGUGGAGGUAAUAUCUACCUAGCGUCCGGAGAUGACAAUCAAAUUUUGAAAAACAUCCAGCUCACAACGGGGAGCACGAGUAUCACAUUAGACCAAUUAAACGACGAUAAUGAUGAUGGAUCUGCAAAAUUCAUCACAGCAACUGGAAGUGUGACCCUUCAAACCAGUAACAAUGGCACAAUGACCGGUAAACUAAGUGGGUAUAUUUAUGUCACUACAUAUCUACAAGCUCGAGAUCCAACCUUCUCGGUGUACGUCCUCAAAACCACUCAAUCAAUUAGCAAAAUGGGGAUGAAGUCAACUGUAGUAGUUUUGAAUACUGUCAUAAGGCAAGAACUUAUUGACUACGAUAUGCCAAGAAUUAUGUCAUAUGUGUCAAGCAUUAAUCACACCCGAAUACAAAUGUAUAUUUUCAAUCGGAUAUUCCUGCUUCGAACUGGAAUGAUGUUAUCAAUAAUAAAUUUUUCCAAAAUCCAAUUGUAUUGGAUAAUGGACCAAAGGUAUUCUUCGAUAACAUAGAGCCCCUCCAAAUUGGCCUCAACUAUUGGUACAUCACUUCUAUGGGACCUUUUAAUAUUGAAUACAACUGGCCUUAUUGUGAAUAGAAGGCUCUAUUCGAAACAUGUUGUCAACUUCAAAUCCGAUACAACCAGAUCCUCAGCAUGUGGGCUUUUUUAUUCCGCGUACUUCACCAGUGCGCUCAGUAUCAAUAUGCAGUAUCAAGGCGGGAGUUUCUCCGAUUAUUUAAACCAAAAAAAUGUGACUCAAAACUUGAACUGGUCACCGGCGGCACCGGCAAGCCUGACAGUCAGCGCAAAUUCGUCACUCCCUGGAACUUUUUAUAUUCAAUAUUUUGCGUUUGUUGGAGAUGUAUCAGCAACUUCUGUCGCAACAAGAAUGAUGUCCCAGACGUCGAUGACUACUGUAGGAAGCGUGUCUACGACACCAGUGAUAACCACAACGAAAGGAGCAUCUAGAGAUUUUAAAAUUCAAAUAUUGUUUCUUUCAAUGCUCUUAAUCUUUUAUUAAAUCUUCCAUUAAAGCGAUUUUGCC